AAAAAAAGCUAUAAGUCAAAACAGUACAUCACCCUUUCAUGAUCAAACAGUUCAAUCAUCCCCCAAAAUUUCUCCUUCUCCUCCUCCUCCAAGUCCAACACCACCUAUUCAAGUUUCUGAAUUAUUUUUUUUUGACCUUUUAUAUUUAAUUUCACUUAUUUUUGUUUUUCUUAUCUGAUCCUGAAAAAAAUAAUUCUUUAAAGCUUUACUCGGUUAAUUUUCAUCACCCCACCAACGAAACAUCAUCAAGAGUACAAUUUUGGAGCUUUAUUCAAUGUUUCUGCAAUACCCCACCACAAAAAAAGCUUAGAAGUUUGAUUUUUACUUGAUCCAAAGAAAUGGAACCACCGGAAAAUUAUGCUGGAAACACAGAUUUUGAAUCAGCUGAGAGGAUUAUACUGAGAUGGGAUUCAGCAGCAUCGGAAGAAGCAAGGGAGAACAUGAUUUUUGAAGGUGAUAGAUGUGAAGUUGAUAGGUAUUUACAAGCUGUGGAUGAAAUCCAAAAAUCAAUAUCAUCCACAAGUAUCUCUGAUGACGCUCAAACUAAAGUCAACUCUGCUAUUCAGAUCGCCAUGGCUAGACUUGAAGAUGAGUUCAGAAAUAUUUUACUUGUUCACGUUCAUGCUCUGGAUGUCGAGUCCCUUUCAGCUGAUCCCGGUUCUUCCACUUGUUCAAUAACUGAUAGAAAAGUACUUACUGAAGAUCAAGAUGACCAAUUUGAUCGAGAACAAGAUGAUGUUUUGAAGCACAGUGAGUCCAGUACUAGUGUUGCUUCAUCUAGUUACAGGUCAACAAGUUGUAUAAGGCAGAUAGAUCUGAUACCUGAGGAAACCAUUGAAGACCUUAAGUCAAUAGCUCAAAGAAUGAUUGCUGCGGGGUAUUUAAGAGAGUGUAUUCAGGUGUAUGGAAGUGUCAGAAGGUCGGCAGUGGAUGCAAGUUUCAGGGAAUUAGGAGUUGAGAAGUUGAGUAUUGGAGAUGUUCAAAGACUUGAAUGGGAUGCACUAGAGACAAAGAUUCGGAGAUGGACAAGAGCGGCUAAAGUUUGUGUGAGGGUGUUGUUUGCAAGUGAGAAAAGUUUGUGUGAACAAAUCUUUGAAGGGGUUGGAACAGAUAUUGAUUAUGCUUGUUUUAUGGAGACAGUGAAAGGGCCUGCAAUUCAGUUGUUUAAUUUUGCUGACGCUAUAAGUAUAAGCAAGAGAUCACCUGAGAAGUUGUUCAAGAUAUUGGAUUUACAUGAUGCUUUGGCAGAAUUGUUGCCUGAUGUAGAGGUUGUUUUCGAUUCGAAAUCUUCAGAUUCAAUUCGAGUGCAGGCUGCUGAGAUUCUUUCAAGAUUGGCUGAGGCUGCAAAAGGGAUUUUAUCAGAGUUUGAGAAUGCUGUUUUGAGGGAGCCAUCAACGGUUCCAGUGCCUGGAGGUACUAUUCAUCCAUUGACUAGGUACGUUAUGAAUUAUAUCAGUUUGAUUUCUGAUUAUAAGCAGACUUUGAUUGAGCUUAUAAUAUCAAAACCCUCAACCGGUUCUAGAUAUUCGGGAGAUCCAACGACCCCGGAUAUGGACUUUUCUGAAUUGGAGGGGAAGAGUCCAUUGGCACUUCAUUUGAUAUGGAUCAUUGUGAUUUUGCAAUUCAAUUUGGAGGGUAAAUCCAAGCAUUACAAAGAUACAUCUUUAGCACAUUUGUUUUUGAUGAACAAUGUUCACUAUAUUGUUCAAAAGAUAAAAGGCUCACCUGAAUUGAGAGAAAUGAUUGGUGAUGAUUAUUUGAAGAAGAUGACUGGUAAGUUCAGACAGGCUGCAACUAGUUACCAGAGAGCAACAUGGGUUAACGUUUUGUAUUGCUUGAGAGAUGAGGGUCUCCAUGUAAGUGGAGGGUUUUCAUCAGGAGUCUCAAAGACUGCUUUGAGAGAGAGGUUCAAGACCUUCAACACUAUGUUUGAGGAGGUUCAUAGGACUCAAGCAGUAUGGUUGGUGCCAGAUUCUCAGCUUAGAGAGGAGCUAAGGAUAUCUGUAUCUGAGAAGUUGAUUCCAGCUUAUAGGUCAUUUCUUGGCAGGCUUGGGAAUCAUAUUGGAAAACAUCCAGAGAAUUACAUCAAGUACACUGUUGAGGACUUGGAGACUGCUGUCUUGGAUUUUUUCGAGGGGUACCCCGUGUCCCAGCACUUAAGAAGGAGAUCUCAGUGAAGGAAUGAAGUUAGUUUUGCCAAGUUUGAAUCUAGUAUGCAUUCUUUAUAUUCUUUCUGGAGUGUUAGGGUGAUGUGAUGCUGGUCAAUAUGGGCUGCCACGUACUCUCCAAUUCUCAUAAGCAUCAUUGUUUACAUUUCCAAGUGCAAGACUGAAUCAAACUCUUUGGGAAGAUAAGGUUUAGCUCUCCAGAAAAAGCCAGGUCCCUUAACCUGAAUGCUUCUGCAUUUUAUGCGCUAUAGUUGUUCUGUUACCACAUUUUAGAUCUUUUAUUUCCAUUUGUCCAUAUGGUUAUUGUUGGAUUUCAAGCUUGUUCUCUAUUACUAUCUAUGAUAUGAGGAAGAAUUUUUUUUUUUUUUAAA